GGUACACUUUGUUUUCCUUCUUUUCUUCUUCUUGACUCCUUAUUUAUUUAUUUAUUUACUCGAGUACCGGUAUGUGAGUGAAUUGCUCUGAGUCAUAUCAAAAAAAAAGAAUAGAUAAACAACCCCUGCGCCCAAUAUGGACGCUGCUACUCUCCGAACAACUAGUGAAGAGAAGAAUGACCCUGAAGCCAUGUCCUCCCCCUCCUCGCCCCUAGAGACCGCCGAAGCCACCACCACCCCUCCACCAACCUCCUCCUCCACCUCCCAGCCAACAACUCCGCUAACCGAAGCCACGGAUCCCUGGGAGGAACUCUCCACGGGCACCGCGGAAACCUCCCUGUCAGCCACCUUCUCGGUGCUGAAGGGGUACAAUCGCGUCCCGAUCUACGAACGCAGAGCGCAAUGGCUGGCAGAGCAGCAGUCCCGGCGCGAGCAGGUAUUCCACCAUCGCCUGGCGCUCCCGCGCGGGAAUGCUGGGGAUUUCAACCCGAACGCGGACCUGCCGUUUCCAAUUACAGCGCAGUUCUUGCAGUCGUAUGGUGGGGGGGAACAGGAGAGAGGGAGGAGGGUGCAUUGGAGUGGUAAUCGGGAGGGCGGGGGUUCGGGGAGGACGGUGGUUGCUGCUGGGAUGGUUGUCGGGAUGAGUGAGGGCGAGGAGGAGGAGUAUGAGUAUGAGGAGGAGGGGGAGGGGACGUCAACGAUUGCAUCGCCAGUUAGUGAGCGUUCGGAGAGCGGUGUUCAUGCACUCGUGCCGUCUCCGGUGCACCGGGGGGAGGAGGAGUCGGGAGUGUUUAGGAAGCCGAGGCUGGAUAGGAAGACCAGCGGCAUCCCCAGCUUCGACAGUCUCUUCGAGACGAAAUGGGAUUUUGAUAUGCUCAUUCGAAAUGUCACUCAUGCUUCGAGCAAAACUAAAAAAGGUUGGGUUUUAGACGAACCCAAGACUUCUAUUAGGCAAUCUAAAGAUAUCCCCAUGGCUUCCUCCUCUUCGUCUUCGCGAGUCAGCGAGAGCUCCAUCUUCGGGAGCAUGCACGGAUCGAAGGCGACCUUUGGGAGUUACUUGAAGUACCUCCAGAGUCAUCGCAGGAGUUAUUCUUUCGGAAUGCUCCUCUUCGGAUGUCUAAGCUUGGUCAUGUUGCAGAAUAGAUUCCUAAUGGCAGGAAUAAUGACGGAGACACCUUUGGCGCAGGCCAGGUAUGCUUACGAGGGGUAUAAUGCUUCGCAAUAUGCCACUAUAGACUUCCCGGGACUCCUCUCGACCGAGACAGCGUUGGAGAAGAGCCUUGCAAGCGUCGCUGCAGCACCCGCUCUUGCCAGAUUGCUAAAACAGAGUGAGAUAACUGUCAGCGAUCUGAGCACCGUAGUCCAACACAGCGACCUAGACUGCAAGCACACCCUCUCGGACCUCCUCCUCAAAUUCGCGACUCAAGCGGGAGACGUGGCAGGCUUACUCCAGGCCUUUGAAAGCACCGUCAGUCGAGCACUCACUCAACUCGACUCCGCCAACGCCCAAACCCUCCAGCACCUCAACCACCACCUCCCCCCACCACUUCCAUUCUACAAAUCCCUCCUGAGGAAAAACCCCCACCACUACUACCACCUCCUGCCCUCACAAACGCAACACCUCUCAACCGCCCACGAAAUACUGGCGCACCACAUCAACAACACGCUCUCAGCCCUCGCCCAGGAAACCGGCGCAAUCCUGCGCUCCCUGAGGACACUCUCCCACCAACACGCGCCAAUCUACGCAUCCAUAGUCCGGGAAUUCACCGCGAUCGAGCGCGCCCAGACUACCCUGUGGACGCGCGCUCGCGGAGUGGACUACAGCGAGAGUAAGGAGUUACUCGCGCUUGUGGGCACGUAUGAAGAGAAGGCGCGUGGGUACGUCGAGAGGGUCGGCAUGGAGUACGUCGCGCUGCGUGGGGAAUUGGUGGGUUUACGAGAGGGGUUGAAGGAGGCGGGACGAGUGAGCGGUGGUGAACUUGUUCCAUUCGAGGCGCAGAUUCGCGCUGUGAGGGGGAUGGUGGAGUUGAAGAGAACAAGGGACGCACGGAUGAGCGCGAGGAGCGGCUGUCUGGGCGGGGUAGGGAAGAGGAGCGGUGGCGGCGGAGCGGCAGUGGGGUAUCGCGGGCUGUUCAAGCCGACGAAGACUAAAAUUACUUAGAGAAAUGGAAAGACCGGAAAAUAGUUUGUAUACAUGCACCAUAUUCCGGCCCCUUUUCGCUUGGAUUUUAGGGAAAAAACAUGUCCCCGGAAGGAUGGGAGUUUGAGAACGGACGGUGCACGUCUUUCAGAAAAAAUUGUCUGGAGAGAUGGGAUUUGCAAGUCGAAAUUGAUUUUCCUUGCGUACCGACGGGACGGACAUAAGUUGGGGCAAAAUUGGCACACAGGAAAA